AUUUUCUCAACCUCCGAAUACCCGAAGACCUCCCGUAGCUGACACUCUAGAACUUCGUCCGCCUGAGCUGAGAGGAAUGCAGUAAGCUGACUAUCAGAGUGAAAAGUAGAGAGCGGCAUCUUGGGUCCGCCAUGAAUCCAAUUGACUCGGCACACUAGGAUUGCGCUUCUCUACAGAGUACCAGACAAUGGAAACAUCAAUUCUCCCAGCGCUACCCCCAUUGCGACAGGCUGUUGUGCAGUCAGCUACGAUACCCGGGUCCUUUGACCUCCGCACUGACCUGCCCAUGCCAACCAUGUCACCUGACCAUGUCCUCAUCAAGGUGAGCGCAGUGGCAGUCAACCACUGCGACUACAAAAUGCCAGCCCGAAUACAUUGUCCCAACACGGUCGAUGGAUGCGACUUCUCUGGCACGGUUGUGCGCGUUGGCGAUGAUGUUGCCGGUACCCUUGGUGGCUUGCAAAUUGGCGAUCGCGUUGCUGGUGCUCAGAUGGCCUCCCAAGCUCGACGACCCUGGUCGGGUGCCUUCACUGAUUACAUUGCCGAAAAGCCUGACAACCUAUGGCGCGUUCCUGACCACUUCUCUUGGGAACAAGCGGCUUCGAUAGGUUGCGCUGUGGCCAGUAGCGUGGGAAUGGCGCUUUGGUGGGAGAUGAAGCUGUCUGGAACGCCCGAAGAACCGACGAAAGAUCCCAAAUUCGUUCUCGUCUAUGGUGGAUCUACGGCCAGUGGAACCUUUGCCAUGCAGCUAUUGAACAUGUCGGGCUAUCGAGUCAUCACGACCUGCUCUCCCAAGAACUUCAAGCUUGUGGAAGAGUACGGAGCCGAGAAGGCUUUCGAUUACCACUCGCCAACGUGCGGGGAGGACAUGAGAGCAUACACCAAGAACUCGCUGGAAUAUGCACUAGACAUCAUUACCGAGGCGAAGUCUAUCCGUCAGUGCUACGCAGCUAUUGGACGUGGUGGUGGUAGAUACAUCGGGUUUGAGCUUCUGCCGGAUGAACUGAUGGCCACGAUGAGGAAGGCUGUCAAGCCAACCUGGGUCAUGGGCUUAGAGGUGGCAGGGUUAGAGUUGGAAUUACCAGGAGGAUACUAUCGCAAGGCAAACCCCGAGCUCCACGUCUGGCUUCACGGGUGGAUCAAGCGCUUUGCCGCCUUGCUCGACUCCAAAAGAUUGAAACCGCAUCCCAUGCAGAUCAACCCGGGCGGAUUAGCAAAGGUGAUUGACGGACUGGGAGUCUUGCAGCGUAAGGAAGUCUCAGCGCAGAAGCUGGUAUAUCCUUUGUAUGACUAUUAGAUAGUAUUCAUAGCUCA